CAGAAUUACGCGUUAAAAAAAUGUAAUACUUGUUUUUUAACAAGUACUGUUCUGAACUCAGAGAUAAAUAAAAAAAUUACGUGAACAUAUUAACAUUAGAAAUUCAACAACGUUCGAGUACAUGGCAACCGUAAAAUGGAAUUUGUUUGAUAUUGUAAUAAAUUUUUGCAAUGAUAUUUCUUUGAUUCAAAUGAACACAUUUGUGUGUAAAAAUGCAGAAGCAUCAUUACAAUAAUUAGGAAGAUAACUUUGUAUAAAUCUCUCAAACAUGGAUAAAAUUACAAAGAAUGAACAGGACCAUGAAGAACCUAACGAAGAAAGUUUCACAAAAGACGUGUACAAUGAUCAUUCUCCACGAGCAAAGGAAACUGACUCUAAUUGUAAACUACGGCGCAAAAGUUCUAGAGUAAUAAACGCAACCUCACAGCGAAAUUAUAAUCAAAAGGACGCCCGUUCUCGUUCUCGCUCUCGCUCUCGCUCUCCAUGCAUUAGAAACUCUAAGAAAUGGAUCAGUUCCAAUCCCUUUAUAAAUUUCGUUCAAGAUAUCAGGCAGUCACAGAAAUAUUGUGGCUUGAGAAGUUCAAAAAUACAUCAAAUGGCUGGUGAAAGAUGGAGAAACAUGUCUUCCACUGAGAAGCAGCCAUAUAUAAAAGGAGCUUUGAAUAUUAAAAAUCAAAAACUAAAUCAGAAGAAUGAGAAUAUAAAUGAACCUGCUGAGAUAAAUGCAGACCAACCAAAAAAAGAAGAUACACCAAAGCAAGAAAAAACUAGUAAAAGAGAAGGAAAGAAAAAGGUCAAUAAUUUAUACAAAUUAUACAGUUACAUGGUUUCUUUUCCUUUUAAACAAAGGAACAUGGCUUCAUUACAGGAACCUAAAAAGUCUACCAGAGAGAAAAGUAGGAGAACUAAAAGCAAUACGGAAUCAGAUACUGAAUCAAUGACUUCAGCCACAUCACUCACAAACACGAGCGAUGACGCAUCAGAUACGGGCUCAUGAACAGAUAUAAUUACAUAAUCAUGACUGUACUCAUAAUGAAUUUACGUACAUGUUUGCAUUAUGUUCCUCGCUGUCUAACUUACGUCUAUUGAACGUCUACUGAACGUCUAUUGAGCAUUUAUUAUACUAUACGACAAAAGCAAUUUCUCUAUGUACAUUUUAUAUAUAUUCUGAAGUAUAAACUGUAUGUCUCAUGCAAAAACACAUUUUACCUCAAAAUAAUAUGUUAACUAUGUAAGAC